GUCUACAUCAACAAGCACACCUCACUCCCCUGCCUCUGUGUCUUGAGCACGGCGUACCGACUGGAGCCUGUGGCCCGCUUCACUGUCAUGUGGGAUGUAAACACAGAGAGUGGUCCAGGGAGUGCGUGCGUGGCUGUAGGCACAGUCUGGCCCCCUUCACCCGCCCGAGACUUCAGGCUGGUGUGCCUGGCUGUGAAUUGGUCACGGUGCCACAGUGUUGCUGAGAGGCCUGCCUGUGAUGUGAUGUGAUGUAAGGUCCUCUGUUCCUUGGGCAAUACAUACAGCGAACUGAAAGGCAGCAGGAGAGGAGAAUGGAGAAUAGGAAGCUCACUGACUCGCUCCUGUUUGGGGGGCCCGGGCCGGCGCGCUGAUUGUGACACCCGAGCGCUUUAGUGCAGCCACAUUAGCUCAGUUUCAGGGUCAGACAGGAACAUGCAGCGCAUAAACGCGCAGCACACACAUUGUGAUUGUGCACACACACACACGCAUUUGCACACACACACACACACACACACACAUAUUCACACGCACAUAUUCACACGCUCGUGUAAUUUCAAAGUGCCCAGCCAGUUGGCAACUGCAGACUGCGGCACAAAGGCUUUGGCUGUGGACCCAUCUUUACUGUGCAAUGAACUUUCUUAUUUCUUUCAGUUCACUGCACACACUCUCUGCCGCUCAUUCUUUUCCUCGCAGGCCAGUGUUUGUCUGUCAGAUGGGCCCCACCUCCCUUGAACGAGGACACACACACACAGACACACACAUACAGACACACAUGAAUAUGUCUGCCUGUGCGAGUGUGCGCACAUCCUCAACAAAGUGUCUGCGAAUGACUUUCAGACGUACAGUACAGGGGUGCUUUUCUCGAAAGCGUAGUUGUUAACUUGGGUAGUUGCCAAUGGGAAAUGGCAUUGCUACCAACAAAGUAGCUACCCUAGUUAGCAAAUACGCUUUUGAGAAAUGCACCCCAGUCGAGAUAGUGCAUGUCAGCCGGUGUAGACUGUCUGCAGGCCUCCUCUCCUUAGUAGGGUUAAGGGCCAAAACAUACCAAGGCGGAACGGAACGGUCCCGGGACGAACGCGGCCUUUCUGCUUAGUUUUGGCCGGCGUGUUUUUCUCUGCCUUUCACACUGACAGCGUCGGUGUGCGCGGCCAGUCCUAUUCAAAACCCUCCCCACAGCCAAAGCUAGCAUGCUACUUUGCCAUUCAUUUGAAUGAGACACCGCCGGUCGCCGGCGUGAAAAAUACGCUCGAGUUCUAUUUUCCAAAUGCAGCGCGGCGCGGAGCCAGCUCCCGCGCCGCUGACGCUCUACUACCGCCGGUUGGUGUGUAAGGACAGAUAUGUUUCAAUGUAUUUUCACCGACGCUGGUAAAAACCGCGGCCGUUCCGCGACGCUUUACCGCCUUGGUGUGUAAGACCCCUAAGAUGGAGCCAGCGCUGCACUCAGCAGCAUCAGCAGCACUCUCUCUCCCCCCCACUUGUCAGCAGCCCACAGCUGACUGGAGGAGCCGCCGCAGAGCCCCAUUUGUACCCUGUCAAACGGUGGUUUUGUGGCACUCAAGGGCAACACUUAUCAGUCGAGUUUGAGUUGAGUUUGUGGUGCCGUGUAGAGUUUGGUUGUGUGUUGAUGUUGGGUUUAUCUUUAGUUUUUUUCCUCGCAUUUACGUCAUAUACAAAAACUGUCCUCACAUGUCUUGUCUGGAGAGCGUGUGUCAGAGUUGUUUGUUUUUGUUUUGUUUUGUUUGUUUUUUGAUGCACUAUAUUUGAGAUGAUCUUCGACUUCUCAAGCCUUUAGCCAUGAUCUUGUUUCACAUGUGGUUUCCCCCCUGUCAGCACAUCCACGGGCUCUACACUAAGCAUGUGUGUGAUGGGCUGUUCCACGAAUUCAUUAUGAUUAUGUUCCGAGGAGUUCCAGCCAGCCUCUUUCGGAGAGCUCGACCCCCACCACAACUGAGGGGAGUUUUCUUUUUUUUUAAAUGCCUUCUCCCCAAAGCCCCACUGUUUUGGGUUAUAAAUCAUGGAGCCAGUGAAUAGUGCGCCUGUAAGUUUUUUUUUUUGCCGAUGAUUCUUGCAAAGUUGCUACAGCAAAAGCAAAAGCAAAGCAAUGAGUCGCGAGUGAGUGUGUGGCUGUUCCCAGUUUCGGGCCCGGGGGUAAGAUAACCCGAAGUGAACCAAAUGCUGCUGCAGCUGUGUGUUUGGGGCACACGGCUUCCUGUUUGAACGUGAGGGACAUGAGGCAUGGCGGCUGGAAAUACCAGAGGCACCUGAGCCAAGGAAAUGUGCCUGGCAUCGAGAGUGCCUCCUUGGCCAUGGACACGGAGGAGGGGGUGGAGGUGGUGUGGAACGAGGUCCAGUUCUCUGAUAAAAAGGUCUUCAAGUCUCAUGAGGACAGGAUCAGGGAGAUGUUUGAGAACCUCAUGCUGGUGGAGCAUCCCAACAUUGUCAAGUUCCACAAGUACUGGCUUGACAUGAGGGAGAGCAGGGCGCGGGUGAUAUUUAUCACAGAGUACAUGUCCUCAGGAAGCCUUAAACAGUUCUUGAAGAAAACCAAGAAAAACCACAAAACUAUGAAUGUGAAGGCCUGGAAGCGUUGGUGUACGCAGAUCCUCUCUGCCAUGAGCUAUUUGCACUCGUGUGAUCCUCCUAUUGUUCAUGGCAACUUAACGUGUGACACCAUUUUCAUUCAACACAAUGGACUUAUUAAGAUUGGUUCAGUGUGGCAUAGGCUGUUUGUCAAUGUGUUCCCGGAGGCGAUCCAUGGGAACGUGCACCAGCAUCGAGACGAGCAGAGCAACCAGCACUUCUUCGCCCCGGAGUAUGGCCUUUCGGAGGAUCAUUACUCCAUUGACAUAUACUCAUUUGGUAUAUGCGCCUUGGAGAUGGCUGUCUUGGAGAUUCAAGCCAAUGGUGACAGUGCCGUGUCUAAGGAAGCCAUAGCUUACGCUGGGGACAUACUGGAAGACUCUCUUAUGAGGGAGUUUAUUCAGUCCUGUGUGCAUGCUGAGCCUAAGAGGAGGCCCACUGCCCAUGACCUGCUGUUCCACAGAGUUCUGUUUGAAGUGCACUCCCUAAAACUGCUAGCGGCCCACUGCUUUAUUAACAACCAAUAUUUGCUUCCUGAAAACUGUGUGGAGGAGAAAACAAAAUCGUAUGAUCCAAAUGGCAUAAUGGCAGAGAUCCAUCAUGAAGACCGCCAGGGAGUCCAACUAAAAUACACUCAUGUCUCUCCUCUGGAACUUGACAAAUUCCUUGAGGAUGUCAAAAAUGGCAUCUACCCUUUGAUGAACUUCGCAUCCCAUCGGCAGCACCCCAUCCCCCGUGCUCUCUCUCUGUCACAGGAGCACAUGGAGACAGUGAAGACGCCCACCCCAGAACCCCUAGAAACAGAAACUCGAAAGGUUGUUCAGAUGCACUGUAAUUUGGAGCCGAAUGAGGAGAGAACUAAAGCACAUCUUUCUCUGUUUUUGAAGAUGGAUGACAAACUUCAUCGUCAGCUUAGCUGUGACAUACUUCCAAGUGAUAGUCCGAGAGAUUUGGCCAGCGAGCUUGUUCAUCACGCUUUCAUUUGUGAGGAGGAUUGCGAGAAGCUGGCGGGGUUUCUGGAGGAGGCUCUGGGUAAACACUGGGACGGACUGUCCGACCCUACGCCCGUCACGGGUACGCUGCACUGAUGCUCACACGCAACCUGUCAGGGCUAACGUGUGGUUGUCAGCAGGGGACCAUGGACAUGCAGUUUUGUGGACACAGAGGACAGAGACAGAGACUGAGACAAAGCAGCAGACAGGCAAAGCGUGCGAGCAAGCGACAAAAAGGGGCGACCGCUACGGAAGACGAGACGGAAAGUGGUCACACAAAUCAGCAUGGAUGGCAAUGGCAUUCCAGAGUGGGCUUCCAGAAAGCCUCAGCAGAGUCACUGUGAUGAAGGACACGAGGGAGGACUGAAGACUGAAGCAGCCCCCCCCCACACUACCCAUCAAGGCACAGAAGUGAUAUCCCACAAAUCUCUUUUUUUUCCAUUUGUAUUAUUUUAUAUUUUUAUUUUUAUUUCUUCUCCUCCUCGUGGGUGUCAUGUGUCAGUGAAAACGGUCCAAGAACUCUCAAACCCUCUGGCUUGUCAUCUUUGGUUGCAUCCAUUUUUAACCGUCCAGAUGACCGAAGGUGAGAACAAUAGCAACAAACAAACAAACAAAAACAAAAGCAAAAUGCUCCAAAGACACUGACAUGUGGCCCUGGAUGUCAGGAUCAGGAGGGCAGCGCAAGAAUGCUAAAGGUCCAAAGCUCUGAGUUAUCCCCACAGAGCAGCUUUAUUGCCAUGUCUGUAUGUUUUUAACUAUAUUGAUUUGCAACUACAUCACUACCAAGUGUUUGUUUUUAAAGCGUUGUGUUUAAAAUCUUGAUUACGUUUUUAGAACUUAAAAAUGAGCAGGAUAGGUCACACCAUGCAUCAACUUGUUAUUUUUGCUACACAGACGCGUUUCUGCGUUCUGCCUUCAGUUGUAUAUUUUUUUGGUCAGCACCCUAAAAGAAGAGAAAAAUCCGUUUGGGUGAAGACUGCUUCUACCUUUAUGAACAUUUUUUUGAGCUUCGCUAUCAUUUUGGUCAUUCUGCCACUGUUUUAGCUUGUCUAUUUGUCUACUUGUAUGGAUCAGGAAUUUGGUGGCAGAAAAGCCUGCACACUUCCCUCUGAAAACUUAUGACACUAUUCGCUGAAAUGCAGAUUGUUGUCCCUGUGUUGGAUUAGAUAUUACUAAUGCACUAAGUGCCUCAGUUAGACAGGACUGUGUCAAAUGUGUAUUUGCCAACCAACCAACUCAUAGGUGCAACCUUUACCAUCAGUGCAGUUCAGCGUACUGGUUCCCAGACAGGUGCCCAGUACUUGAAGUAAAGACAUAGCCGUGUUUUGUUCCGUUUGUUUUAAGAGCUACCAUACAUCUUAGCCAUACAUUAAAACUGAAAAGAUGCUGGCAUUUAUCAGUAUACAGACAGGUGACCUAAUGUGUGGAGUUUGGAAGUACAUUGAAACAAAGUAUAUGAAAAUCUAUCGCUCAUGUCUGCUUUAUGUAGUGAAGGGCCAGUCCCAUUCACGGUUUUGCGGAUUUCAUUUUACAGUGUACGUAUGUAAAUGGCAUCUUUGUCAUCAACCUAAACUUACUAAGAAACCAUGACUCGGUUUACAGCACUUUGAUGGGGUUAAGAGGCGUAGUAAGGACAGGAGUAUUUCGUUUGUUGGAAUGAACACUGUCUGUAGGAUCAGCCUACAUUUUUAGUCACUUGAGCGCACACACACACCAUGCUGCAGAAAGCCCCUCCUGGGCUUCAUUGCCUGGAUUAUUCUUUAGACUCGUAUAAACUACAGUAUUUAAUGCAACUUGGUAUUUCUACUCUAUUGUUUUGUUCUGUUGUCCAAUUUAUCCGUGUUUCCCUGUACAAAUAUCAGGGAGACUGCAUGUUUGAACGAUUACUGAUUACUGAACACAACUCCAGUGAUGUUAUUUAAAGGCUAUAAGUUGGCAUGAUGUGCAUGGCAUCUUUCAGUUUAAAAGUCUCAACACCUUCUUUGACCAAAGAUGGGUUUCUUUUCAAAAGCAUAUUAAAGGAUUGUUAUUUGGUAAAUGUUUUUAUCUGUCCGAAUCAUGACAAAUAGGUUACCAGGCAUCAUGAAUGUGCAUAAUAAAAGCAAUAGCCUACCAUUCACAUGCAA